UAUCAGCAGUAGAGGAAGUUUUCGUUUUUCCAUUCUCUAAUCAGUUCUAUUUGUGCGUGAAAGGGGUUCAGUUUUAUGUUGGUAACCUCGUAAAGCAGAUGCAAAGUGAUUCACAAUGCGAAUGAAAGAAUUUUAUUUGGUGACUGGCUUAGUGGUCUGUCUAAAUAACUUUCAAACUUGCGUUCGAGGUGAAGAUGCAGUAAGUGAUGAUGAUGCCUCCGAGGAAUUGGAUGAUGCUUCGAGUGUGCCGCCGUUUGUACGCAGUAGGUUCAAUUUGAGAAUAUGGUCCACGGCGGAAGAUUACAAGAGUACUGGAAAAACAGGUUCUCCGUUUGAUGCAGUAGUAGCGACGAAAAAGUCCAAUCGGUUUAGAAUAAAUACAGUAAAAUCAACUACCUCCGAAGCAGCGACUGACGGAACAACGACUGACGGAACAGCGACUGAAGAAUCAACGCCUACGACUACUCAGGUUCCAAUGUCCAGUACGACUGACACUGAAACAACAACGUCGAAAUCGAUGGCCACAAAGUUAUCCGCACCGGAAUGUGGAAAGCUGAGCGGCGAUGACGUGCCAUGGAUUGCAAUCUUGGAGCAUACAAACCCAAAUGGCGGAGUCCAAAAGAAGACCUUGAGCAAAGGAGUGUUGAUCGACGAUCGUCAUGUAUUGACGACAAUUUCUAGCAUUCACAAUUCCUAUCCAUUCUGGGUGGUAACCGGAAUACGCCUGGGUGACACUCCAACGUGGGCUGCAUCGAAGGGUAGCAAGGAGAUGAAUUCCAGAAAGCGAGAUGUGGUGUCGAUACCUGUGAGGAAUGUAUUUUUACACGAGAAGAAAGACAUUGCGGUGAUAAGACUGUCCGAACGGGUGAAUAUAACCGAGAAAAUCCGACCAAUCUGCUUACCAGCCAACGAUCGUUUUAACUACACGGAUAUGUACUUUCACAUCUGCAAAAAGGACAAGUCCGGCUUCGGUAGAAUGGGCAUAAGCAGUAAACUGAUUGCGGUAACUUAUCUGAGUCAAAAGGAUUGCCAAAUUUUGUUCCGAAGACACAAAGCCGAACUUGGCUUGAAGGAAUUUUGCGUUUGGGACGAAACGGGAGACAAUUGCACAGGUGAUUUGGGAGGACCUCUGAUGGUAAAACUAGACGGUCGCUAUCACGUGAUUGGACUGAAUUCUUAUGCAUUAUUGGCCAAGUCAAAAAUCGACAGCGAGGGUCUGCCGGGAGUUUACGUUCGGGUUGGCUCUUUCUCGAAGUGGAUUCAAGCGGUACUCAAAACGGAAUUCGACGAUUUGCCUGCAGCAGCGUGAACAAUUCAUUCACAUACACACGAAGGAGAAAAGCAAAACUAGAUCAGUACUGCCCUCUGUAUGGUGAUUAGAGUUUGAUAGCAGCAGUUCAUGAACGAGAAGUGUGCGCAACGUCUCGAGCAGCACGCGAAUGUAUUUAUUAUUAUUACUUGGUUCUAUAGCGCUAUAAGUGGAAUACCUCCUGCUAUGGGAUGGAAAAUAACUUUGACAUUACAACCGGUUUUCAACGA